AUGGCAUUAUCCAAAGUCCUUCAGUGUCUAGCCAACAUCUCCAAUGGUACCUACCUAGUCCCUGCAACAAGAUUGUACCACUCUCCAUCCGAGCGACUGGGACGACGCAGGACAUCAAGCUGGAUUAACACCACCAGAAUGAAUAUUUCAGAUGUUAAAGAGACAUUUAUCAGUAGGCGAUAUAGGCCAAAUGUGUUAGCAAAUUUCCAGCUACCUUUGUUGUUGGGUCCGACCUCGUCCAAUACCAUUGGCAACAAUGCUGAAAUCAGGUUGGGGGCUGGCGACCCAUAA